GAGAAUCCAAAUCAAUCCAGACUGAUGAAUGAGACUGUGCAUCUGCUAUCCGCGUCCGCGUAUUUUCCGCCCGAUCCGCCGAUGAUAAAAUCGGUCAUGUGACAAGUGACAAGAAGUGGGGGUCCCUGACAUCCACAUGCUACAUUUAGCAAAGCUUAUAGCUUAUACCUGUUCAUAUUCUGAAAAUGAAACGAUCCGCAAUCCUACUAAUACUAAAUAUUAAUUAUGUGCAAGUGUUGAAACCAUCAAAAGUAUAAGUUUUAUCGUAUUGAUAUAGUGAGAGAAAACACACAUCGAUUUCGAUCUUAUAACCUUAACUACUUAACCUAAGGAAUUGCGGAAAAGAAUCCGAGGGCAAGCAGCGCAUUCUAAACGAAAUAACAACACGAUGUCUUUGCGUUUAUAUUCAUUCGUGAGAAGAAUACAGAAAACUCAUGGCAGAAAAUUUAGCACAGCUGUGGAAGUAAAAGAUGAGCAUACAAGUCAAGUAUGCUCAUUUCGCACAGCUGAAAACAAUCCAGUUAAUCAUAAUGCAGACCACCUCGCCAGAUUAUAUACAGUACCGAUAGAUAUUCAACAGCAAAUCUUUGAGUAUGGCGGCAUACCUAAAAUAUUUAUGAAACAAGUCACCACAUUUCAAGAAUGCUCGAUAAUGGUCAGGCAACCUGCGAUUGAGAUUAUAUCUUACCUCAAUCAGACUGACUAUACAAGGCCUGUUAAUAAAUAUGUGUUAUAUGGAAAGAUUGGAGUAGGAAAAAGUAUUACAUUAAGUCAUAUAUUGCACUAUGCCUUUAUGCAGAGAUAUGUGCUUGUUCAUAUAUAUUGGGCUGCACAUUGGUUUAAGGAUACAAAGGAAGUCGCGACGUCAGUGCUGUCCCCAGGCUGCAUGGAUCUACCGAUUGAUGCUGGAUUGUGGUUGAAACAUUUCAAAUCUCAAAAUUCAAAACUGCUUUCGCAAUUGGAUCUGAAAACGUCGAAAGAUUAUGUGUGGAACCAACGCGAAACGACUUUGCAAGGUACACCUAUCUUGGAACUCGUAGAGUUUGGCUUGAAUCGCAUCAAGUACGCUUGUGGCGUAGUAGACGCGCUUAUAAGAGAAUUGAAACUCGCUAGUACAGCCGGAAAGUGUAAGACAAUAGUCAUGAUAGAUGGAUUCAAUGCGUUUACAUCGAGUCAUACGCGUAUCCGCGAUGAUAAUAAAGCGAUGGUUCUGCCUAAGCAAGUAUCAUUGGCGAUACCGUUUUUUGAUAUCACGAAAAGUGAUUGGUGUAAUGGUGCAGUCGUAAUAACAGUAGACCAAACGGCAAAUAAGGAUAGACGAGAAUCCUACUUUCCUAGAUAUCUGCUUGGCAAAGAAGGCUUCGAGCACUUGGAUCCUUUUGUACCCGUUUUAGUUGAUGAUUACAACAUCGCAGAAUUCGAUAGCAUGAUAGAGUAUUAUAAGGAUCGCAAAUGGAUCAGGAACAUAACAGCUAGUAGUCAGAGAGAAUUAGAACUAAUCACUAAUAGAAAUCCGUUCGUUUUAAUGGAUCAAUGUAAAUUUUUAUAAAGGUAAUUGUUUGAACAUGGAUAUAAUUAUAAUAAAGCUUUUAGCACUUUUUUUGAUUUUUA